ACCCAGGAGCUACUGCCAUGGCACAAAACCGAAAUUACAACUAAUUCUGGCAAUCUCCCCUCCCCUCUUUUGGGGGCGGGUAAAAAGGAAGUGUGAUCAUGCCCACAAAGCAGGGGGAACAUCCUUCCCAGCAAGGCUGUAAAACAACCGCCUUACUCUCUGCGUUCAAACUUUCCUCGAAGAGCAGCGGAUUUAUCCCACUGCCCUUUGGAGAAGGUUUUGGGAGGAUUUUCUAAAGUACUGCCAUGGCCAAUCCGUUUGAGACUACAGAUACUGAAGAGACUGUAACCUGUCUCUGUAUCACUGUCUAUCAUCCAGAACAAGAGCAAAAGCAAGUAUUCCGUGCCUUAAAGUUUUGCCAGCAUCAGCAGCUGAGAGCAGACGAGCUGGUUAAGUUUGGAAGAGACACUAACUUCUGCCUUUUUAACUUCGUAGACGGACGGGUUUCCCGCAUCCAGUUUGCCCUGCAUUUUUUCAAACACUUCAACAACACAGAAUUUGGCUUUGAGAUUAAGAAUUUGAGCAAAAAGGUCAAACUUAUUGUUGACAAUGUCGAACUGGCCUACCUGAAUAAGGUUGAUUUGCCGGAGAUAUGCCUGGUUCGCUUUGGGGAUUAUGAAAUGCUAAUGCAGAAACAAGGAGGACAGUCAGAGAAUUAUUUUGAGAUUCGCUUUGAAUUGGCCAAAACACCACUGUGGCAGGAUCAGAGGGUACCACUGCGACAACCUAUACCUGAAAGUGGCACUUUUUAUUCUGAUUCUCCACUUGAGGUGGAUGAGGAUGAAUAAAUUUGAAACAUCCUUUGAAAGAUGGACUGACUGGUUCCAGUGUCUUCAGUGCUCACAUCUUGCCUGAUGUUUCAUAGUAAUCGUUAUCAUCCUUAUUUGUACAACUGCACAUGACCUUGCAAUGUGAAUGGCUUAGGCCCUAUUAAAUGUGCAGUUAGCCUCUUUGGCCACAAUUGCAGGGAGCAUGGCCUUCAGGCUACUGUCAGAUCUGAAAAAUGUUCUCAGCCUCUUGUGAGUGCCCAGGGCUGAGUAAGGUCUUCCUUCGUGUACUUGCUCCUUUACAGACAUUCUGUUCUCAUUACUCUCUUCCUCCUGUUAGUAACCAGCAUUGUCAGGGUUAUCAGAUGGAGAGCUACAUGCGCCUCAUUGUAUCUCCCUACAAACAAGAGCCCAGGUCCUGCAGCUACCAGUCGCCACUCCUGAGGCCAUCAGAGUCAGAGGAAGCAGCAGCUUUGUGGUCAUUUGGUCCAGGACUUGCUGACCUUUGUAAAAAAUGCCUUGGUUUGCUUUUUUUUUUUGCUUCCUCCCAAUCCUUUCUUUUUUGUGUUGUGUCUUUAAAUUUGUAUGUGGGUAGGGACUGUCAUCUGUCCUUUGCCAGCAGCUCCUGGGACUGAGGAAGGGGGUAGUGGUAAUUUUUUCAAAAUAAAUAAAUGCAAAUAAAUGAUA